CACACACACACACACACACACACAGUCUGUCCUUACAGUCCCCAGCCACACACACAGCAGCUCCCUCAAGCUUUCAGGACACGCUCUUCCUUCUCCUCUUCUUUUCUCCCACCUCAUCAGACCACCUGGAUUGUACGAGAGGCCAGCUGAGGACGCGACGGAGGAGAGAAAACCAUCGGGAAGGAAAGCAGAGCAAACACUGAGGAUAACGUUUUCUCUGAGACGUCAGGCUGAAGGCACAGCCUGUGGCACUGCAGAGGCACAACAGCACAAAGGGCUGAAGCUUCGCUGCAAGAGAUAGAGAAACAUGCGAUCCCGCAGCAAUAGUCUGGAGGACGUAACCAAGGCCAAGCAGGCAGACACACGCAAGCGAUCUGCAGAGCGAGAGGAGCCCUCGGGAAGGGCUGAGCGCCGCAGCCGACACCGAGAGCCGCCGGACGACACCGGCACCAUUCAGCGGAAUCACAAGACGGCCAAGAACAGCACCUGUACUGGUGGGAGUGGGAGUGGAAGCGGGAGUAGCAGCGCCAGCGGUGCUGCAAAGGGAGGUCGGAGGGAGAAGAGCAGGGACCUUUCCCGGGAUGACCUCGUCUUUCUACUGAGCUUGCUGGAGGGAGAGCUGCAGGCCAGAGAUGAGGUGAUCACAGUCCUGAAGGCAGAGAAAAUCGACAUGGCCCUGCUAGAGGCCAAGUAUGGCGUUGUCACACCACAGACAGUCCUGCAGUCCCUGCAGAGGGACGCCAUCCAGGGCAAGGCUGAUGUCUUUGAGGAGGACAUCUAUGAGAAGCCCAUGGUAGAGCUGGACAAGUUAGUGGAGAAGCAGAGAGAGACGUACCGGCGGAUGCUGGAGCAGCUGUUGAUGGUGGAACAGUCGCACAAACAGGCCCUGUACAAGUUGGAGGACGAGAAGAGGAACCAUGGAGAGUUCAUGAAAAAGAGCGACGAGUUCACCAACCUGCUGGAGCAGGAGCGCGAAAGGUUGAAGGUGUUAAUUGAUCAGGAAAAAGCCUACCAAGAAAGAAAGGAGGACGAGAACAGCAAAAAGGUCACAAGUCUGAAGGAGGAGCUGACAAAACUCAAGUCAUUUGCGUUGAUGGUUGUGGAUGAACAACAGCGUCUCACUGAGCAGCUGAAUCAACAAACAGCAAAGGUCCAAGAACUGAGUGCCAGUGCUUCACAAGCCCAGGAGGAGCUGAGCUCAGCCAAUGCUCGUCUGCAGGAAGAGGAGCAAAAGGUCUUUCGCUUGGAGGCUGAGCUGCGUGACCAAGCCAGUCGAUACCACCAGGAACAAGAGGCCAUGACUGCCAAAUUGACCAGUGAGGAUGCCCAAAACAGGCAGCUGCGCCAGAAGCUGUCAACUCUCAGCAGGCAGCUUGAUGAGCUGGAGGAGACCAACAAGACCCUGCGCAGAGCUGAGGAGGAACUGCUGGAGCUGAGGGACAAAAUUAGCCGUGGUGAGUGCGGAAACUCUAGCCUCAUGUCUGAGCUUGAAGAGUUACGGAAAAGGGUACUUGAAAUGGAGGGAAAGGAUGAAGAGUUGAUCAGAAUGGAGGACCACUGCAGGGACCUCAACAAGAAACUGGAGAAAGAGGCCAAUCAAAGCCGGAGCUUGAAGGCUGAAGUCGAUAAACUGAACCACAGAAUUAUGGACUUGGAGAAAUUGGAGGACGCAUUCAGCAAGAGCAAACAAGAAUGCAACUCGCUUAAAAGUAACCUGGAGAAGGAGAGGACAGUGUCAAAGGUUCUGACCAGUGAGCUGGAAGUCUUGAAAGUCAGGGUCAAAGAACUGGAGGCUGCUGAAAACCAACUGGGAAAGACAGAGCUGACACUGAAGGAAGAUCUAACCAAGUUAAAGACUCUGACAGUCAUGCUGGUAGAUGACAGAAAGGCAAUGGCCGAAAAGCUAAAGCAAAUGGAGAACAAGGUCCAGAACAGCACUGGCAAACUUCAGGCUGAACAGGACAAAGUUACAUCAGUCACAGAGAAGCUAAUUGAGGAGAGCAAGAAAGCACUGAGGUCAAAGGCUGAGCUGGAGGAGAAAAUGUGCGGAGCUACAAAGGAAAGGGACGACUUGAAGGCCAAGCUGAGCGCUGAAGAGGAAAAGAGCAAUGAUUUGGAGUCUAAGAUCAAUAUGAUGAAGAAAAGGUUGCAAUCGCUUGAGAACAUAGAAAGAGAAUAUGUGAGAAGCAAAGCUAAAGAGGAGCACAUCAAAACACCCAUUGCUAACCGCUUUCAACAAGAAGACAACAAAGUCAAGGAUUUGACACAGGAGGUUGAACGCCUCAGACGCAAAUUAAAGGACAUGAAAGUGGUAGAAGGUGACCUCUUAAAAACGGAGGAGUUUGAAUCGCUGGAGAAAAGAUUCAACAAUGAACAAGAGAAAGGUAAAGCCUUGAUGGAGGAGCUGGAAAUAUCCAGAAAAGAACUUUCAAAGUACCAACUGGCUGAAAAGAAAGAGUGCAAUCAAGAGCAUGUUCUUUAUAAACGCCUGAAGGAGGAGGAGGCAAAGUCUAGUCAUUUGACCAGAGAGGUAGCAGCUCUGAAAGAGAAGAUCCACGAAUACAUGGGAACAGAGGAGUCAAUUUGCCGCAUGAAAACUGACCACUCGACACUCCAAAGAAAACUGACCCAGCAGGAGGUCCGAAACAAAGAACUGGCCAGAGAAAUGGAGACACUCACAAGAGAGCUUGAGAGAUACAGACGCUUUAGCAAAAGUCUUCGCCCUGGCAUGAAUGGAAGGCGCUUUUCAGACCUUCACGUUUCCACCAAAGAAGUUCAGACAGAGCCACUUGACUUCAUGUCUCCCAACUGUAAGACAAUGGCGCCACUGGAACGUGCCGUGGUGAACGGGAAGCUGUACGACGAGAGCGAAGCUGAAGAAAAUGCAAACUACAGCAACGAGCUUCAGCUCACCAAAUGCAGCCCCUCACUUAUCAAUAACGUGAAUAAUCUAAACAACUUGAGAAGAGCUCGGGUACCAUUCCUUAAAAACAAAGACACCCCCUGCCAGGUGAAUGGUAAAGUGCAACCGCGGCAGAACGGCAACCACGUUCAGCCCGGAGAUGUUGUGUUGACCCACAGUCCUGGGCAGCCUCUGCACAUUAAAGUGACUCCUGACCACGGACAUAACACAGCAACACUAGAGAUCACCAGCCCAACCACAGAAAACACCCAGUCAUUCACUAGCACUGCCGUCAUACCCACAAGUGGAGGUCCACCCAAACAGAGAAUUACCAUCAUCCAGAAUGCUUCCAUAUCCCCUACUGCUAAAUCCAAUUCCCCAACAACAAAAUCUAAAAGUUCCCCAAUCUCUGACGAACCGUGUUCACCAGACAGGGCCCUAUCACCUUUCACUGUGGCUACGUACUCACGAGCAAUUACUCCAGACUCUUGUGGCUCUGUAACACCAGACAGAGCCAUGUCACCUAUACAAAUCGUGUCGGUCACAACAGGCACCCCCGAGCGCUCCCUCUCCACAGAGCCUGUGGAGGUUGUCGGAGGGCACGCCAUCUUCCGCGUGACCCCGGAAAGACAAAGCAGCUGGCAGGUCCAGAGGUCUAACAGCUCUGGGCCCAACGUCAUCACCACGGAGGACAACAAAAUCCACAUUCACUUAGGGAGCCCCUUUAUUCAGAGCAUCAGCACUCCAUUGCAAACACUGAGUCCGUGCCACACACCUGGACUCCAGGAGCAAAGGACUCAGGUGCUUGCAAAUUGCAGCACUCCUACUGCCAAAGGCAACAGCAAAAUCACAAGUAGCAUCAUGAUUAAGCCCACCUCCACCCCAAUCCAAAGGCCGUCACAAAUUACAAUACCUCUCGAAGCAUUCCGACGGCCAGGACCUACAAGAAUCCCCAAACCUAAGGGCUACGGCUCCCAGAAAGGGACAAACAGCACGGCAGCAGCCCUGGGACCGCAGAGCAAGAGUCAGCCCCCACACACUCAUCCAGCCACUGGGAAAGAGCAGCCCCCACACACGGCUGCAGCAUCACACAUCAGCAACAACAACCCAAAUCUAGUGAACCGCAGACUCUAAUUUAAAAAAAUAUAUAUAUAUAUGUUUUUAGGGGCUGAGGGUCGGCUUAUAUUUCACCGCAACCAAAAUCAUCCUCAUAGUUACUUCAUAUGUUAAAUGGAAUAUCUAAAAAUCUAAAAUCACUGUGUUUUGCAUAAAGACUACCUGGUGAUUGCUAAAGAAAAAAUAAAAUUGUAACAGUAAAAUUUUAACUGUCAAAGUACCGCUUAAUAAUAAUAAUAAUAACAAUAAUACAUUUAUUUUAUAUAGAGCUUUAAAGGGUACUCAAAGGCACUUUACAAGGAAAGAAGAAAGAAAAACAAUAAGAUCAGUAUCAAAACAACAAUAACAACUAGAGAUAAAUAUAAAAAAAUGUGCAGUCAUUCUUUUUGUAAUCUUUCAACUGUUCUACUAUUACCUAAUCCUCAUCCAUGGUGCUCCGAAGACUGCUAAAUACAACAGAUUGUUUUUGUCAAUAUGUUCUAUGUGUACACAAUGUAUUAGCUGUAAAUAAACCUACACAACAUUUAAGGCAGUAGUUCCAGUGUGACAGAUUUUUUGUGAAUUUGAUUUCACUGUGAUCAAAAUAAAUUCAACUGAAGUGUAAUACUAGAACAUUACGUAUGCCAUGUGUUAUGUCCUUGAAAGAAAAGGUUUCUUUGUAUUGUGUCAGCAUUUGAACUGAUCUUUAAGUACUUGACCUGUCGAGAUGUUCAGAUAAUGACACAGCCAUUUAUCUAAUUCUCGGGAUGGAACACAUGGAUUUUUUUUUUUUUAAAUAAGUGGCAAUAAUGUACAUAAGUGUAUAAGUUAUGUGUUGUAAUGCAGCACCGUGAUAGUUAUAAGCUCUAAUAUGUGACAUUUGUGUUAUUUUU